GCAAAAAAGUAUUGUGUGUGUUUGAAGAUGAAAAUGAAUUGGAACUAAGUCGAAUUCGAAAUGAAACCAGAUGCAGCAUAGAGUCUCUCUCACUCUCUUGGGCCCUGCGAGACGAUACCAGGAAAUUAUCCGACCACCGAUCGACCCAUCGACUGACCGAGCAAUCGACGCGACACGAUACUACGGACAUUUAAUAUAAAUAGUAUUAUAUUGUCGAUUUGGUGUGUGGUGUUCUAUAUAAAAGGGAGUUGACAAUAGCCAACUGACAGCAGUCCAUCACCGAUCGUAAAUGGUGGUGAGCGAAAAAAUGGACAAGGAAUUGGAUCAACCAACGAAUCCUGAACAGAUGAAUACAGCAGCAGCAGAGGAAGACGAAGGAGACGAAGAAGAAGCUGACGAAGGCGACGGCGAUGGUCAUGAGGAUGAUGAUGAUGAUGACGAUGAUGAUGCUGAUGAUCAAGGCAAACAGAAAGAGAAUGACUUUCCAUCUGAGUCAUUGAAAAAGAAGCCACCAAAGCAAAUUUAUAGCCCGACAAAAGAGGAGAAACGUUUGGUACUCGAAGCGCGACAUUCGCUUUCAAUUGCUGAAACGAAAAAGCGUCGUGCCAGUGUCUAUUCGAGUGAAAGUUUAUUCAUACCCAAGGAACUGGCACGCAAGGGCACAACUCUCAACACAACGCUGGAGAAGAUGGCCAAAAACCAAGAGUAUUGUAUGCGUAUGUUAACCUUUCCCGUUGGCUCUGGUCGAGCACGCUAUGUGGCCAAACAAAUGAAGAAUGGAAGCAAAAGGUCAACCAAGAAACAAAAACCAAAAGCAGAGGAAGAAGAAUCCAAAACCAAAGAGGAUUUACCACGCAGUAUGCCGGAGUUGGAUGCUGCAGAAGGAGCUGAUGUUGCCAAUGGAACGAAUCAUUUGCAGAGCGAUGAUGAGAUGAGUAUUCUGCUCUUGGAUAUGGUCAAUGAUCUGAUGGAAACCGAACAAACAGAUUGUACGGAAACACAGCAGAACGAUCCUCUAAGUGAUAAUCCUCAAAACCAGCGAACUAGUGUGAUUAAAGUAAAUCGCCAAUUGCUUGAAAAAGAGGACGAAACGGAGCAACAGAAUGUUCUCUUUCGUUGGCAUAAUCCAAAAUGUUGUGAUGGUGAAAUGAAAAUGCGUCUUAUGGAUCGAUUAGAAGAAAUGAAAACUUUGCCCGAAAUUACAGAACUUCAGGUUAAUUACAGUGAGGUGAAUAAUGAAAAAGCACCAACAACACCAGAAACAGAGCAACAAAUGCAUCAGGAGGAGCAACAACAACGACGACAACCGUCAAGGACAGAGAAUUACAACGAGCAGCAACAGGAGUCAUCAGCAAAUGAGACUCAGCCGCAAGAAAUUGAACAAUUACCAGUUCCACCACAUCUAGAACAACAACAAGCAGUUCGAACUGUAGUUGCUGAAACUGGGCCUGGGCCAAUGCGACAUCAGCAACAUGUUGCCGAUGUGGCAACAUCUACAAAUAUUCCUUCAACUGAUGCUCUAUUACGACGGCAAUUGAUGCAUCACAUUGUCUUAGACGACAAUGAUUCAUAUCAGCCGAGUACCAACAAUAACACAAGCAACAACAUCAUCAACAACAGUAAUAAUAAUGCUCUAAAUUUGUCCAAGCAAAAUGCAUAUGCCAGCGAUGCCGCAAUGCAUCAUUGGGGCCAACAACAACAAUCAUAUCAACCACAGCAACAAGCACAACACAGGCAAACACCUCCGCCAUCAGUCCAUCAGCCGCAACAGCAACAUCAUCAUCAUCAUCAUUCCACGUUGGAACAGUUGCAGGAACUAAAGGCCAUGCGUCAGCGACUCAAAUUCCAGGAAGGAGAACAAUUAAAGAAAAUUAGUAAAUCCCUUAAGAAGGUCUAUGAGGAGCGAUCAAUGUGUGAGCGGCAACAUGCCGAAGAGAAACGACAGUUUCUCCAAAAGAUGACAAAAAGCCAAAAAUUGGAAGAGAAAUUGCAAGCGGACAGGGAGCAAUUGCAGCGGCAACACAUGGCCCAAUUCAGUUUGCUGGAGCAACGCAUUGCCGAGAGGCAGCGUCAAUUGUUGCAGAGCGAUUUCAAUUUUCAACGACAACAGGCGUAUCGGCAACAGUUGUUGAUGGAACAGCAACAUUUUAUCCAACAACAGCAGCAAGACCAAUUGCAGCAGCAACUUGUACAACAUCAGCAACAACAGCAACAUCUAAUGCAAAAUCAACAGCAAUUGACACAUCAACGUCUUGCACAGCAGCAGCAGCAGCAGCAACAUUUGGCGGCACGGCAGCAACAACGCAAUCAACAAGAACAACAUCAUCAUCAUCAUCAUCAUCAUUCGCCAUCCUUCUAUACUCCUCCACAUGGCUACGAGGCCUAUCGGCCAGCCCCACCACCGUCCUAUAAGCCUCAGCCACAAGGGCAUCCAGCACCACCGACAGCAGCACCACAACCACCACCACCACCAUAUGCGGUUCCUCCUGCUCAUCCGAUUGUUCAUCAUCCUUCACCGUCCAGCAGCUAUCAGCAAAGAAUGCAAUUAUUUCGCGAACCUCAGAUUCAAAAUCAACCUCAACUCAUGGAAGAUCAGAGUAACAGAUUAAUGCCACCACCUGCAAUUUAUCAUCAACAAGCUACAACGGUAGCGCCUCCACCUCCAGUUCCAGUUCCAGUUGCACCUCCACCGCGUCGUUCACCUGAAAUUCAAGCCACAUGUCAACCCACAAUUAGAACUAUGCGACGAAGACAUACAAUAACCCACGACCACAUUAUCGAUCAUCGAACUCUGCCGUAUGUCCUGCCAGUUUCUGCUGCUGCUGCUGUUGCUCCUCCUGCUCCUCCUCCUCCCCCACAAUCCACAAUCAAUCCCCAUCGAUAUCCAAGUGAAGUUCCCGCCUCAAAUCAAAAUAUCAAUCGGACAGCAAUUACUUCGCUUAUACAAAAUUAUGUUUCAUCCUUCAUUAAUGAUAAUUUAAGACCCACUUAAUAU